GCUAAAUUAUGCAGUCGCCAUAUUUAAUUUCGGCGUUUGGUUUUUGUGAAGUGGUGUGGUAAUUUUAAUUUUCCUUUCUUUACAGUUAAGGAUUAUAUAUUUCAGAUAAGUAGAGGUGUUUCUUCAAAUAUUGUUUUAUUUUUUAAAAAUAUUAAAACUCCUAUUCGGUUUUCAUUUUAAAAGCAAUAUUAAUGAAUCGAUGCAAUAUUGAUUCGUGACGAGUGUUUAAUUGCUUUUGUAACGUAAAGUAUAAUGCAUAAUAUAUAGAGGUUUCUUAGAAUUACCUAAGCAAAAUGACACAGUUUUUACCACCAAAUUUGUUAGCGCUAUUCGCUCCAAGAGAUCCUAUACCUUACCUACCACCCGUAGCAAAGCUACCACAUGAGAAGAAAUCUCGAGGAUAUUUAGGUGUAGGCGCUUUCUUAGCGGACUUUGAGGAUCCAAAAGAUACUCCGCCACCAACUAGGGUAGAAACAAGGGAAGAACGAUUGGAACGAAGAAGGAAGGAACGAGCUGAACAAGUUGCAUAUAAACUAGAGCAAGAGAUUGCAGUAUGGGACCCUGCUUCAGCAGCUAACAUUACAGCAGAUCCAUUUAAAACUCUUUUUGUUGCUCGCAUUAACUAUGAUACUUCAGAAUCCAAACUCAGAAGAGAGUUUGAAGUUUACGGCCCUAUUAAAAAGAUAGUCUUAAUUCAUAAUAGCGUGAAUGGUAAGCCAAGGGGGUAUGCUUUUAUUGAAUACGAACAUGAACGAGAUAUGCAUUCUGCUUACAAACACGCCGACGGUAAGAAAAUUGACGGUAAAAGAGUGUUGGUGGACGUGGAGCGUGCCAGGACUGUCAAAGGAUGGUUGCCACGCAGGCUAGGUGGAGGUUUAGGAGGUACGCGUAGAGGUGGCGCCGACGUUAACAUCAAACACUCGGGUCGCGAGGACAACGAGCGCGAGAGAGAACGCUAUAGAUUAGAGCGAGAACGCGAAGAAAGAGGUCUGACUAGCAGGGACCGGGACCGCGGCGACAGGGAGAGGGAGAGGGAAAGGCCUGCGGGAGGAGGUUUCGAGAGGCGCAGAUCGCGAUCCAGGGAGAGGAGGAGGAGGAGCAGGUCGCGCUCGCCGAGGAGGGAGAAGAGAAGGAGGAGCAAGGACAAGAUCAGGGAAGACGCGGACGAGUUCGAGGGCAGGUCGAGGGACAAGGAUAGAGAGAGGGAUCGCGACAGAGACCGCAAAAGGAGACGCUCCAAGUCUAGAGACAAGGACAGAGAGCAAAGGAAAAGAGAGAGGCGCGAACGACGAGAAAGAGAAAAGGGAGAGAGAUUGGAAUACAUCAAGACCGACGACGGGGGUGAAAUUAGAAUUAAAGAAGAACCAAUUGAUGACUAUCAAUACACUAAUUAUCCUGUCCAGCCGUAUGAUCAGGACAAUGUUAAGUACGAAGAUGAAGAUGAGCAAAAAUAUCAGCCUGAAAGGGAAAACAGUAAUGGUAAUAAUAGACAUUACGAGGAUGAAUACGAAGAAGGGGAAGCAUAUUAACUUAGAUUUAAUGUUAUCUGCCCAAACUACUCUUGUACUUUUAAAUGAUUUUUUUUAAUUAAUUUUAUUUAGCCUUGUACUAACUAGGUUUAAAGGUUAGUUAGUUUAGGAUAUGGAAGUGAAAUUUGUGAGCUUUGUUUCAUUUAAAUAAUGCAAGUGAUCUAGAAUUAUAUGAAUCUUGUUUGAAUUAAAAAGUUAUGAUACUGAAUUGUAUAGUAUUCCUAGAAUCUCUUGAAUUGUUUAAACGAAACUGGUUUGUUUUGCAAACAAUUAUUAUGGACAUAAUAAAAUGAUGUAAUAAAUUGGA